CAGGUUAGGAUCAAUAUGCCAUAUGAUGCGUCUCUCCGGACCAUUGAAACUACAAUAUGCGAAGGAGAAUAAAUUGGACGCGAAUGAAUUGUUAACCGCCAGCGCGUACAAAGAGACGUUCAGAGCUAGUAUGAUCUCUUGGGGCGAGGAAAAGCGGAAUGCUGACUCCGGCUACUUCUGCAAAUUGAUUGAAGAUGAGGCUCUAGCAACGGGCGCGCCAGUGUGGGUAGUCACCGAUGCUCGCAGACUUACAGAUAUCGAGUACUUCCAGCAAAGAUAUCCGGCCUUGAUUGUCCGUGUCCAGGCGCCUGUGAGUGCCCGUGAAAGGCGAGGCUGGGUCUUCACGGAAGGAGUGGAUGAUGCAUCGUCUGAGUGUGCACUGGACGGUAUAGCAGCGGACGUGACACUUGACAGUAACGACACAACCGAUGCCGAUGUAGCGGGCUACGAGAGGGGUAUUAGUCUAUUAAUAGAACGGAUACGGAACGAAGCAGUAAAACCAUAG